AGUGUACUGGUUGAUAGAAAGUGUUACUGGCUAUCAAUUUGUGUAUGUUGUAUCAUUUUAAUAGACUCGUUUAAUAAUUAACAAUAAUUCAUUGCAUUUGAAAUUAAAAUAUGGAAGAUAUAGCUGAAAAUAUUGGAAUUAGUGAUGAGGAACGAUUGGCAGCUGUGGAACAUGAACUGAAGCAAGUCUCCACUGAGAUUCAAAGGCUUUCAGAGAGAAAGAGUGAGCUAAUGGCCAUGAGGGAUAAACUAAGGGACAGGAUGAACUUAGAAAAAAGCAAGCAGCUUGCUGAUAAAAAUUGGGAUAAAACUGAUUUCCCUUGGUCCGUGAAGCUUCAGAAUACGCUGCAGGAGGUAUUCAGGAUACAGGAGUUCCGACCCCACCAACUGCCAACUAUGAAUGCAACAAUGUCGAAGGAGGAUGCCAUUCUCAUUAUGCCGACUGGAGGGGGCAAGAGUCUCACCUAUCAGCUGACAGCCGUCGUGGAUAAAGGCUUUACUCUGGUAGUAUCACCACUUCUGUCUCUGAUGGAAGAUCAGGUAAUUGCACUCAAGGCUCUCAACAUAGAUGCAGGAAUGUUCCACGCACAGUCUGACAAGUCUGAGACUAACAGACUAAUGCAGGCCUUAACAGAUCCGAAAUCUUCCCUGAAGCUUAUCUAUGCUACACCAGAGAAGUUAGCGAAGAGCAAGCGAUUCAUGAGCAAACUACAGAAGGCUUACCAGAUGGGGCGGCUUGCUCGAAUUGCUAUAGACGAAGUUCACUGCUGCUCUCAAUGGGGUCAUGACUUCAGACAAGACUACAAAUUCCUGGGUGUAUUAAAACCAAUGUUUCCCGAUGUGCCAAUCCUGGGUUUGACUGCAACAGCAACGACAAAGGUUAUAAUUGAUGUACAGAAGAUGUUGGAUAUACAAGGUUGCAUUGUGUUCAGAGCAACAUUCAACAGGCCUAACCUAUACUACGAGCUGAGACCCAAGCCUAGUGCUAUGAGUGAGUGUGUGGACCAGUUGGCAGACCUGCUGAAGCACAGGUUCGCCAAUCAGUCAGGCAUCAUCUACACCACCUCCAUUAAAGAUUGUGACGAACUCAGAGACCAGCUCAGACAGCGUGGGCUGCGUGUGAGUGGUUACCACGCGACACUGGAUGCUGCACUGCGCAGUAAGAUCCAUCGCAAGUGGCUGACAGGAGAAUAUCAGGCAGUGGUCGCUACGAUAGCUUUUGGACUGGGAAUAGACAAACCAGACGUCAGGUUUGUCAUUCAUCAUGCUCUCUCCAAGUCAAUGGAAAACUUCUACCAGGAGAGUGGCCGAGCAGGUAGAGAUGGAAAACCUGCUGAUUGUAUACUGUACUACCGACUAGCUGAUGUAUUCAAGCUCAGCACUAUGGUGUUCACUCAGCAGACAGGCCUACAGUGUCUGUACGGCAUGGUGGAGUACUGUGUGGACGUCCACAGGUGUCGGAGGGAGAUGAUUGCACGCCACUUUGAUGAGGUGUGGGACCGUGCAGACUGCGAUCGUAUGUGUGAUCAUUGCCGUAUGCCACGUGAGCCGAAACAGGUCGAUGUCACUAAACACUGUCGCAUGGUAUACAAGCUCUUGGCGCACGCUGCUUCUUCCGAUACUAAAUUGACAGUGCAGAAGCUCAUGGAUGCCUGGUAUGGUAAAGGACCCGCAGCGUUGAAGCUGACAGGGAUCUCUCCUCCAUCAUUCCCGCGAGACACAGCAGAAAACAUCUUAGCGUACUUGCUGAUCAAUGGUUACCUCAAGGAGGACUUCCACUUCACACCUUACUCCACCAUUAGCUAUAUCAGGAGAGGCCAGCUGGCAACUAAACUAGAGGAUCCAUCUCACACAAUAGCCAUGACUGUGCGAGGGAAGAGCAUCACCACAGAUGAUAAAGCAGCAACAAAAACUCCCGUCACAGGUGACAAAAUCACUGAGAGUACCAAGAGAAAAAGGACACCAACUGAAGAAAGUGAAAAGCCAAAGAAACCGAAAGUGUAUGUUAUUGAGUCCGACUCUGAUUAAGUUAAGUAAUUCUGUGAUACAAAACAAAUUAGUUUAUAUUUUAAAACUAAUAAACAUUUUUUAUUUGUUUUA